CUCACUAGAAAUUUUCUCCUCCUUCUCUCUAGAAAAUUUCUAGCGCCUCACUCUCUCUCUCUAGCUCUUUCUCCUUUUCCGGCGAGUUACUUCCAAAUCCACUCCGAUUAAACUGUUAUUCCAGCCGAGAGCUUCACAUUGAAUAUCAUUUCAUUCGGUGGAACUGAGUUUUUAGGGUGGUGGUGGCGUUUUGAAUUUUCCGGCAGAAACCUCGGCGGAACUUUCUCCAAGUUUCCGGCGGCCUUUGCCUAUUUUCUCACCAAUUAAACACUUCUCCCAACCUUGAGCUUUCCUUUGCAUAUCAUUUCAUUCGGUGGAGGAUGUUUUUCCGGCAGUCGGCGGUGCACCGAAUAUCCGGCAGAAUCUGAAAAGCCAUCUUAAAUACCGGCGGUUGUUUGGGGUAUAAGAAACAAGGAGAGGGGCUCUGCCCUGACCUCUGCGUUGAGCGGUGGCGACUGCCUUACCUGAGGUAACCAUCGAAUCCCUCUCCGGGGAGGGCUGCUCGGUUGUCCAAUUAAAAUCACGUUAAGUACUCUGCAUUCAAGUUUAAUUUACGUUUCUUGAGCUUGGCAAGUUACUGUUCCAUUGAUUUACUGUUCCUUUGAAUCGGUUCUGAUUAACUGUGAUUAUUGGUGUUAAUCUGUGUUGUUUUGGAUUUGCGUUCAUUGACUGUAAGUUAAUUAUCUUGGAUUAAGAAUUAUCAGUAGCAAUCCUUUGGAUUAGCAGUCUUUAUUCGCAGGAUUUUAUAGGGAAAAGUAAGAGUUUUGGGCAAUUCCGGCGCCGGCGACUUCCCGGUCACCUUCUCAGGCACCCACCACGGUCGACGCUUCAACUCCCCAACUCUUCAAAAUUUUUUCGGGGAGUCGAUAAACUAAUUCCCGUGGAUGUCUACUUGCCGGGUUGUCCCCCUAAACCGGAAGCAGUUAUAGAUGGAAAGGUUGAGUGGGGAGGAGGUAACCAUCGAAAUUGGCUGGUACAAUAGCCGUUAUUUUGGUUGGUUGGACUCUUUGGAAGUUAAGAAAAAUUUAUUUAGUGGGCGGCUAGUUGACUAGGACAUUUUGAUUAAAGCAAAGUCAUUAUCUUGGAAUGAGGCCGACUCCUUGAUUCCAUAGAAGGAGACUAUUGUUGAUUUUCGUGGUGGUGGAUUUCCAAGACUAAGUCUCUUGAGGCUGCAUCCUUUGUAUUUUACGAAAUUGUUAUUCCUAGGAAGAGGCACCUGUGGAGUAGGAGUGUAUCUUGAAAGCUGCUCAAUUAUUAUUUUUGGCGGCUCUCCUUGAUUUCUGGAGGAAAUUAUUUAACUCAAUUAUCGGCGACUGCCUUGGUGAUUGAUCUAAAUUCAAAUUUUGGGCGGCUGAAGUGAGUCAGGGGCAGUGGUCAAUCCGGCAUUUAUUAGGGGCGGUGCUCUGGAAACACAACCAACAUUUAUUGCAUUGGGGCUGCUGAGUCUCACACUCUAUAAAAGAGAAGAAGUAGAUUCUUUUCCAACCUUUAACAACUUAUUCACUCCUAAGACAUAGAAGAGGGACCAAAGAUUAACCCAGCCAAAGGUAGAAGACAUACUUCGGAUCUCCUGUGAGGCAGGCCACGCAAGGUAACUUCUCUCUUGUGUCCAUACCCCUUUCCUUUCACGUCUUCCCUUUGGCUUCUCAGGAACAGGGCUGGAACGAGGCUAUCUCCAAGAGUAAUGCCCUGAAGAACAAGAUGAAAGAGAUUCAGCAAGCAUUGAAGCAACAACAUGCCGACUACCUACACAAUAGAGAUAUCGUGAUGGAGGAUGAGCUCGAAGAUGAGGAGUACGUAACCGAGACUCCGGAGCAUUCAACCGAGGAGCAACAUGGGAAAGAGCUCGAGGAGGGCACCUCCGGGGUGCUUAAAAGCAUAAGAGUCCUACCGGCAUUCAAUGCUUGGCUGCGUCGGGGAGCCGAAUUUGAUCUGGACCCAAGAUACCACAAAAGGGAGCUGGAACUUAUCAAAUUUGACAUACUGGAGAAAGAUAGGAUUGUCCUCGACGAGCAGGACAUCAUCCCGGUACCUCGAGGAUGGGGGGCGUGCCUCCUCGGCAGAUUCACGGGGCGAUUCCCGGGAAAGGAGGCUAUACAAGGCCUGAUGCGAAGAUGGCCUUGUAAGUCAAGGGUCAUCCACCAUAGUAAAGGAUGGCUUAUCUUUCAAUUCGGAAGUGAUGAUGACCGAGAGACGGUAAGGCAGAACGGCCCUUUCGAGAUCUUUGGGAUCCCGCUUGUGCUACAACCAAUGCCCGAGGACUUCGACCUGAACAUGGAUCCCGAAGUGAACGUCCCCCUAUGGAUCAGGCUGGUGGACCUCCCACUGACGCUGUGGAACCUUACGGCUAUAAGCAAGAUUGCAUCAUGCCUCAGGACGCCGCUAUCCACUGACUUCAACACCCUACGUAGGGAGUCACUUGAUGGGCCACAGGUGCAAGUCAUCAUUAAUACAGCAGUACGGCCCAAGACUAAUAUCACGGUACAACUACCGAAUUGGCCCUAUGAGCAAAAAGUCGUGUUCGAAUUCUUCCCGGGCUUCUGCAAUGCGUGCAAGGCUUAUGGCCACUUCGCUGAUGAAUGCUGUGGACGGAAGGCGGUGUAUGAGCAACAUGUACAAUACGGAGCCGGGUCACGGGCACAGAGCAAAGACAGGGCAAGGAGCAAGUCUCGGCCACACGAACAGUACAGCGGUAAGGCCUUUAACAAAGAAUGGCCGAGACUCGGAGGUAACCAAGGGGAGAAGAAUACGAAAGGAGUAUUGUGAGCCAAACCGGCCCCAGCCGAACGUUCGAGAUGAAGAACUAGGCAAGAAUGGGUGGCGACGGGGGGAAUCUUUGACAAACCAAUCAAUGUAUCAUGGUCUAGGCCAAGGAAGGAAUCAGGCCUCUCCGACCCUAGGGGCCUACCUAAGCGAAUGAUUGGGGACCCGAAUGUCCCACCAUCGGCAAUUCAAAGUGUCGGGGCCGAGCAGGGGGUGGAAGGAUUGGGGAUUGAAGUCAUCCCGACAUUCCCCAACAGAUUUGAAACACUUGCGGGCGAGGAUGAUGCCGCACCUGAGGAUGCAACCCUAGGCCAAAGGGACCAACCAGAGAAGAAUAAUGCGGAUCAAGUAGAACUUGUUAAAGACCUACUUGCUGCUGCUAUCAAUCCAAUCUUGGCUGGACUGAAUGGUGUGUCGACGGCACAAAAGCCAAUUGGCCGAGGAAGGAGCCGUGAUCCGCGGAUACCCCGGGACGCGCGUGCGAUCUCGUCGGAUGAGGAUCCCCAACAUGUUCGAGCGACAAAGGAAGGGGUGCCGAGGAGGACCCCUACCAGUGCCGAGAACGUGGUUUGUCAAGUAGCGCCCGUGCCUGGGGCAAAUACUGAUGCAGUCGGAGGACAUGACGGCGCCACCUGAAUACAUGAUGAGGGUGCCGUGCCAAUACAGCAGGGUGCGGGCAGCCAGCCAGUUAGCGGGCACGUUGAACCGAUCAAGGGACAAGGGGGGGUAGAGAUGAUCACCACCCGAAAGAAGAAAAAAAAACUAAACGAUUGAAAAGGAAGUCAUUAACACCACCCUAGGAACGGAGCCACAUGCUGACACUAAUAUCAGGGUUGGGACAGUUGACCAGACCGAGGGAACAAAAAGGUCGAGCCGGGCGUUCAAGUUCGGCGGUUUCUCUAAAAGCAAAACAUCAAGGUCCAGCUCUCGGGGCAAGAACAAUGAGGAUAUCCCCUCCGAUUGGGAAGAUGGUCUUGACGAUGACCCUGGAAUUCAGAAAUGAUCAUCGCAACAUGGAACAUAAGGGGACUGCAGCAAUUCCCCACAUAAGCUGCAACGGCCGAGUUCGUUAGGAGGAUUAAGCUCGACGUGUUGGUACUUUUGGAGACCAAGCUACUCGACGAUAACUAUAAGUUCUUCAUCAAUAAUCAAUUCAAGGAUUAGGACAAAGUAGACAACUUCCAACUGAACGAACAUAGUAGAAUCCUUCUACUGUGGAAUCCGAAGAAAGUGGAGUUGGCACCAUUAAGGAUCGAGGAGCAAGCCAUUUAUGCAAAAAUCAGGUGCUUGACUUCCAAUAAUGUCUUCAAUUUUAUUUUAGUCUAUGGUUUACAUACUAUUCUCGAUAGGCAUCCACUAUGGAACUCCUUGAUUGACCAUGUUACGCAGGAUGAACCCACCCUCCUUAGUGGGGAUUUCAAUAAUGUCAUGGCAGAGGAUGAGAGAGUAGGAGGGGUCAUCCCGAGGGAGUACGAGAUUAAAGACUUGGUUGAUACGUGUGCAUUGCUCGGCUUGGAUGACACCAUGUCCACAGGCUGCAAAUUCACAUGGAGCAAUCGGACCAUCUCAAGCAAGAUUGAUCGUUUAAUGGUGAAUGACGGGUGGUACUCGAAGGGCUACUUGGCUAGCACCGAAUUCCUACCGGCUGGAGCCUAUACGGACCAUUCACCAGCAGUGACAACCCUGUUCGGUAACACUGUAUCUUACCCAAAACCUUUCAAAUUCUUUAAUUUCUGGCUUAAGCAUGCAAGGUUCAAUAAGCUGGUUGAAGACCACUGGGCGGCCGAGACACACGGCACAGCAAAAUUCAGGCUGGCGGACAGGAUUAGGAAGUUCAAAGGAUACCUCAAAGAAUUCAAUUUCAAAGAAUUCAGCGAGCUAUCUAAGAGAACUAAGGUAGCCGUGGAGGAACUCGAGACACUCCAGCGACUGGCGGAUGCGGACUCGGCGAACAUGGUGCUAAGGGACAGAAUGGUCAUCCAGAGGCAAAAGACGGCGUACCUUCAGAAUUCGGAAAGGGAGUUUUACAUCCAAAGGGAAAGAUGGAUCUAUUACGUGGGACCAAGAGGAGAUCAUUAAGGAGUUCAUGGACUUUUACUCCGAGCUACUCGGCACGAAGAAGCAGCUGGCUCCUAUUGAUCUGGACAUACUUCGCAGGGGACCCCUUGUGAGUCAGGAUGACUGCCGAGACAUGGUUCGGCCUAUCACGAACGAGGAGAUCAAGACGGCCCUGUUCGACAUAGGGAAUGACAAGGCGCCUGGGACGGAUGGCUUCACAUCAGCCUUCCUCAAGAAGCAGUGGGACAUUGUGGGCAAGGAUGUCACCAGCGCCGUGAACGAAUUCUUUGACACUGCCCAGCUGCUUAAGUCCUUCAACACCACGAUCGUGUCACUGAUCCCAAAGACGUCUAUCAACCCUACAGUGGGGGACUUCCGACCAAUCUCAUGUUGUAAUGUGUUCUACAAGACCAUUACGAAGAUUUGGGCAACACGAAUGUCUCCACUCCUGGGGAAAUUGGUGGACUUGGCGCAAUCAGCCUUCAUCCCGGGAAGGAACAUAAUAGACAACAUUCAUCUUGCACAAGAGCUCAUGCGUGGAUACGAAAAUAGGAAGAAUGCUCUGAAGUGUGCAGUGAAGAUCGACUUGCGCAAGGCAUACGACACCGUGGACUGGGACUUCCUAAGGGCAGUCCUACAUGGACUGAAUCUUCAUCUGAAAUUUAUCUUUUGGGUGAUGCAAUGUGUCACGUCCCCGAGAUUCUCGUUGGCCAUCAACGGAGCCCACACGGUUUCUUCUCCGGCAAAAGGGGUCUUAGACAGGGAGACCCUAUGUCGCCCACUAUCUUUAUCUUUUGCAUGGAAUACCUUUCUAGGCUCUUGGCAGCCCAUACCAUGAACUCUAACUUUAAUUACCAUGCAAAAUGUGAGAAGGAAAGGAUCACGCACCUUGCAUUCGCUGAUGAUCUUAUGUUGUUUGGCAGGGGCGAUUACAUGUCUAUGGAAAUCCUGGCAAACACAAUGGAGGAAUUCUCAAACUGUUCUGGACUAGAGAUCAAUAAGGACAAAUCCAACAACUUUGAGGGAGGAAAGCUGGCCCGGAGGGACUUGGACGAGAUCAAGGGCAUCUUCGGUUUCCCACUUGGGUCCCUCCCAAUAAGAUAUCUGGGGGUGCCUCUACACUCAAAGAAGCUAAACAUCAUGCAUUACUCCCCCCUCAUCGAGAAGAUCGCCUCACUCACUAAGAAGUGGACGGGUAAGAAACUUUUGUAUGCCGGUAAAACUGAACUCGUACGAUCUGUUUUGCAGGGUGUCGAGUGCUACUAGCUA